AUAAAUAGAACCGAAAAACCCUCCAUUUUACAAGAAGAAUUGGCAGCCUGUAACAAAGGCCUAUACUCCAAACUCCACACAAUUUUGCGGCUCCUAAUGAUCGGCCCUGUCACAAGUGCAACCGUGGAACGUAGCAACUCAUCACUGCGCUUUGUAAAGAGUUGUUUUAGAAGCACCAUGAGAGAACACCGCCUUAACGCACUGUCGCUGCUCUUUAUUCACAAGGACGUUGCUCUGGAUUAUGAUGCAAUUAUUGACGACUAUGCCAAGCGCAACAAGAGAAGGAUGACAUUUAUCAAUCCCAUGCAAUGA